AUGUUUUUUGUGUUUCUUGGGCUACUUUAUGGGCAACCCAAGCUAGGAUUUACUGGAACAGAUACUGUCCAAGCACAGGAAAUCGAUUCCUUUGAGAUUCUUGAAACAGUUACAAAGCCAGCAUCUGUCAAACAUAUAAAAGAAGCAAAAUUUACGAGUACAGUCAUUGAUGAUGAUGCUUACUUAUGGCCAAAACAUGAUGCUAGAGUUUCCAACUCCGUUUUAGAGGAAGAACAAAACGCAAUUACCUCUCAUUUUUGUAAAGUCGAUCCAUUAUUAACGCAAGAUGACUUGUAUUACCAUCCCGCAGGCACAAAACAAUUUUACGGUGAUGAUUCAUUAGUUUCAAAUGCCGAACGUUACAAAGCUAAGAUUUUUAUCGAUACAAGAUAUAACGUGCAGCAUUGGACAGGUUUUUACGCACCUCCAGGUGAACUAAUCACUGUUGAGAUACCAGAUAAAGCUUUAAAUCGUAUCAAAGUAGAUAUUAAUGUUAUCACAACAAGUAGAUCAUACAAUUACAGAAGAGCAGACCAAACUUCAUGCCGAACCGAUUAUAUCAACACCACAGUUACUAAGUUUGGAUGGCCUUACGGUGGCGCUAUCGACUUUUUCAUUCCAAUUGAUUCAUUUCCAGAAGGAUUAGAAGUUAAUAUCUCCAGCGUCAUUAAAAUGCCAUACUUUAGAUACGGUGCUACAACAGAGGAAGAGUGGAACGACAAAAUCAGUAAGUAUCCAGCACCUUUGGCCGUAUUUGACACGGGAUCAUUGCAUAUUACAGGACCAAGUACAUUUGUUCGCCAAAAGAAGAAUCUCAAUGAUGUUAUGGCAAUAUGGCGUACAACAAUGCAGAUAUUCAUUCAUCAACUCCAAGAAAUGAUGGAAGAAUUAAAAAUCCAAUCCACUGUUUCUUCGAUGAUUAUUUAA